AUGAGCUACUUCAGCAACUACUAUGGAGGCCUGGGCUAUGGCUAUGGAGGCUUUGGUGGCCUGGGCUCUGGUUGUGGCUGGGGAUGUGCAAGCUUUCCCGGACUGGGCUGUGGCUGGAGCUGGAGAAGCCACAGAUAUGGCUGCCAGCGCCCAUUGUGUUAUGGAGGAUAUGGGUUCUCUGGCUUCUACUAA